GGCGGCGGCGGCCCGAGUGGGCCCCGGCGGGCGUGAGCGCGGGGGAGCGCGCUGCCUGCAUGCGCGGAGUUUUAGUCCCGGGCGGCCGCCGUGGCAGCGCCGGAACGGAGGCAGCCGGACGUGGAGAGGAGCGCGGAGCCCGGAGGCGCCCCGGGUCCACGCUGGACCAUUGUGACUGUCUAGCGCCCGGGUGCGCUGCGAAGACGAGGACCGGACUCUUUUGAAUCUCCCGGCAUCUGGGCGCGGGGCGACUCUUGGUAUUUUCUAACUCAACUCGUGGAUUGGAACGUGGCUCCGCUCUGAGCGCGGCCGGCGACUUGUAGGAGCCCAGCCCUGGCUGUGGCCGCCGCGCACGCCCUCGGAAGACUCGGCGGGGUAGGGGCACGGGCUGGCCGCGAGAGUCUCCGCGUGCAGAGCGAGCGGGCCGAGCGAGGGCUGAUUGGAGGGACUCCCCGGAGAAGCGAUUUGGGAUUUGUUGCCAACAGCAUGGAGGAGAAUGACCCCAAGCCCAGCGAAGCGGCGGCGGCGGCGGUGGCGGUGGAGGGGCAGCGGCAGCCGGAAUCCAGCCCCAGCGGCGGCUCGGGCGGCGGCGGCAGCAGCCCGGGCGACGCGGACACUGGCCGCCGGCGGGCUCUGAUGCUGCCCGCGGUCCUGCAGGCGCCGGGCAACCACCAGCAUCCACACCGCAUUACCAACUUCUUCAUCGACAACAUCCUGCGGCCCGAGUUCGGCCGGAGAAAGGACGCGGGGACGUGCUGUGCCGGCUCCGGAAGAGGCAGAGGCGGCGGAGGCGGCGGCGAAGGCGGCGCGGGCGGCGCGGAGGGAAGCGGCGGCGCGGGCGGCGCCGAGCAGCUCCUGGGGUCGAGCCGGGAGCCCCGGCAGAACGCGCCGGGUGCGCCGGGUGCGGGCGGACCGCUGCCCGGCGGUGGCGGCGGCGACUCUUCGGGUGACGGCGAAGGCGGCUCCAAGGCGCUCUCGCUGCACAGCGGCGCCAAGAAAGGCGGAGACCCCGGGGGCCCCCUGGACGGGGCGCUCAAGGCCCGCGGCUUGGGCGGCGGCGACCUGUCUGUGAGCUCGGACUCGGACAGUUCGCAGGCCAGCGCCAACCUGGGUGCGCAGCCCAUGCUUUGGCCGGCUUGGGUCUACUGCACGCGCUACUCGGACCGACCUUCUUCAGGUCCCAGGUCUCGCAAACCAAAGAAGAAGAACCCCAACAAAGAGGACAAGCGGCCCCGCACGGCCUUCACGGCGGAGCAACUGCAGAGGCUCAAGGCCGAGUUCCAGACCAACAGGUACCUGACGGAGCAGCGGCGCCAGAGCCUGGCCCAGGAGCUCAGCCUCAACGAGUCACAGAUCAAGAUUUGGUUCCAGAACAAGCGCGCCAAGAUCAAGAAGGCCACGGGCAACAAGAACACGCUGGCCGUGCACCUCAUGGCGCAGGGCCUGUACAACCACUCCACCACCGCCAAGGAGGGCAAGUCGGACAGUGAGUAGGGGGCGGGCUCCAAGCCCAGUCUCAGUCCGAGCUAAACAAUGCAAUAAUUUCAAAUCAUAAAUAAAGGGCCAGUGUAUAAAGAUUAUACCAGCAUUAAUAGUGAAAAUACCGUGUAUUAGCUAUGGUUCUGCAAUAUUCUCUGUAUAUAUAAUUUACAGGAGGUGUAAAAUCCAAAAUAUCUGACUAUAAAAUAUUUUUUGAGUUUUCUUAUGUUUAUGAGAUUAUGCUAAUUUUACGAUUUUUUUUUUUUUGCGAAGGAGGCUGCGUAGGGUUUCAUCUUUUUUAAUCCCCUAAGUUCCAUUAUGGGACAUCGGACACUUUUUUUCUUUUUUUUAAUUUCAAAAGAAGAAAAAAAUUAAAACAACUUGCUGAAGUCCAAAGAUUUUUAUUGCUGCAUUUCACACGACUGUGAACCGAAUAAAUAGCUCCUACUUGGUCUAUGAGUUCUGCCACUUUGUUCGUGUGGGCUUGGUGAGGGCAGCAGGAGGGGCCGCAUCCCCGGCCUCGGCCUCGCCGUCCGGCAGUCGGCGGCGAAAGGGCCCUGGCGGGGCGGCGGCUGGAGGCUCGGCCCCCACCCCCCACCCCCCACCCCCGCCCUCUCCCGCAUCGCGCCUGGACGUGCCGGGCUGCCUGGGCCGAGGGGCCCACGGCCGGCUCCCCCGUCCCCGCCUCCUGCCUUCCCUCCCGGUCCUCCGGGUCCCCCUCCUCGCCGAGGCCUGGCCCGCGCCUCCCUGCGUGCUUCCGUCUGCGUCUGUGUCUCUGUCCCCAGUCCAGCUGCGCGCCUCCCACCUCCGGGCACCCGCUCCGGGGCUCAGGGCCGAGGGGCCGGGUAUGUGGCCGGAAGCCCGCGGGCGGUGAGGCCGCCCCACCCCUCCGGGCCUGGGCCCAGAGACUCCCCUGCGGCUCCGUCAGCUGCCCAGGGGCCGCGUGGGCCCCAGAAACGCGGCCGAGGUCCACUGCCUCGUCUCUGGCCGGCAGAGGCCUGGAGAGGGAACUGGCAUUUCCUCCCUUCCUUUUUUCUUCUCUUUCUUUCUUUUCUUUUCUUUCCUUUUU